AUGAAGCCUGACGUUGGAAUUGCCCAAAGCGGCAACUCAGCACUUCACUGGCACAAUCUGCCAAUAUUAUAUACCAAAAUGCCACUAUCAAAAUUACUAAACACAUCACUAGCUACAGCCUGUGUCCACGGCGGCCUCUCAGUUCAUGCUAACUACUUAUUUGGUCAUGGUUUAUGCCGUCUCUGUGACACAAUCCCGCUAAAGAAGAUGUUUGGCCGUAGCUACCCAGUCCUCGUUGCUGUGUAUUCCAGGAUUCGAGGAUUGAAAUCGCGCAUGCAUAUGUCGGUUGAUAUCCCCGGCCAAAGCGAGAAGCCAAAAGAUCUGCUCGGUCCACCCGGGGUACAGGAGAUGCAUCUACAAAGCAUAGUCAUAUCCCAGUUUGCUGGAGAGACCUUGCUGCUGCUUCAUCCCACAAUCGUUCUGGGAGGAGGCUACCAAAGCCCCUCACCUGCUGGGACUAGUGAAAGCAACCUCAAUUAUAUAUCAUCUGGCACUAAGAACGAGGGGGUUCUAUUUUCUUAUGCGAUCGUCACUGAUGUUCUGCAGGUAGCCUUGCUGAAAAUUGUCAAAAUGUAUUCGUUCUGA